CGCAGAUCUUGUCCACGCCCGCCCGCCAACGUGCACAAUCACACACGCACAGCAACAAUGGUCGCGCAGAACUCGCUCUCGUCCCAGACGACGCCCGCGUCGCUCCCACCGUCCGUUUUUACGCUCCCACAGACGGCCCAGCUCGAGGCGCUGUACACGAUCAUCCGCGACAAGAGCACGAGCCGUGGGGACUUUCUCUUCUACUCUGACCGCAUCAUCCGCCUGCUCGUCGAGGAGGGCCUCAACCACCUCCCUGUCGUGCCCAAGACCAUCGAGACGCCCACGGGCGUAACGUACGAGGGUGUCGGCUUCGAGGGGCACAUAUGCGGCGUGUCCAUCCUGCGUGCGGGCGAGGCGAUGGAGGCGGGCCUCCGGGAAGUGUGCAGGAGCGUCCGCAUCGGCAAGAUUCUGAUUCAAAGGGAUGAGGAGACGGCGCAGCCGAAGUUGUUCUACUCCAAGUUGCCGCAAGAUAUUGCACAGCGAUAUGUGCUGUUGCUAGACCCUAUGCUCGCUACCGGUGGCUCUGCCAUGAAAGCGGUGGAGGUCAUCAUGGAACACGGCGUGCCCGAGGAGCGGAUCAUUUUCAUCAACUUGAUCGCGUCUCCUGAAGGCUUGCGGAAUUUCUGCACGAAAUACCCAGCUCUCCGGGUGAUCACCGGCUGGAUUGAUCAGGGUUUGAACGAGAAAUCGUACAUCGUGCCCGGGUUGGGCGAUUUUGGCGAGAGAAGAUACUGCUCCUAAUCGGGGCGAUGAUGCUCUCAGCUUCCAGUGACACAAUGCGGCCAGAGGGGGCUGUUGUCGAUCGCCAUUGGUCGUGUUUCAGACUGGGGCCAUUGGGGUAUACGGAAUCUAUCCAACAAGGUGUAUUACAUACUGGCGUUUGUGGUAUUACAUGGCCGCAGGGAAUGCAGAUGUUUACGUGGAAUUUGAC